UGAAGAAGAACAAAACUUAUGAAAUUGCCCAGUUUUAAGUUCGGUUCAUUCCGUCCUCGAGAACAGAGCUUGCUUAAUUUGGGAAACGUUGGGCGUAAUUUGAAAUCAAUCCUCAAGUCAACUCCCUCCAAAUGUGCCAGAGUAGGCGUCAAAACUAGUGAAGAUGAAAGCUGCAAACACGGGAUAUCUCAGGCGAAGCAGUCGACGGCGAUCUGGUCGAAUCCCUGUAUACAAUCUGUAGAUAAUUUAUUCAGAUAACACGAUGGCUACAUUUCCAGUGGCCUGUCAUUUCGCUCAGGAAUGAAGCUACCUUUCUAGUGAUUCAAUCUCUCAGCAGUGUCCAAUGGCUUCUUCCAAAAUUUCUAGGCACCUUACUGAUGAAUCUAAUCAAGAUUUAAUCAGUAAUCUACCUAGUAUCGCGAUUGAAAAAAUUCUUAAACGCUUGCCAAUUAGAAUGGCAGCUAGGAUGAGCGUGUUAUCAACAAAAUGGAAGGAUAUUUGGUUGUCUCAUAGGCACCUUGUCUUUAAUGCAACGUUCUGGGAAGACGUGAGAGGAGGAAACAUUAUGCAAAGUAACUAUGGAGCACUAGUUGCAGAAAAAGUCAGCAGAAUUGUUAGCAAUAUACUCUUCCAUCACAAUGGCCCUUUACACAAAUUCUAUUUUUGUAUUCCAUGGUAUGCGAAAGGAGCUUGCAUCAAUCUCAGUCAAUGGUUAUCUUUUCUUUCAAGGAUUUGUGUCAAAAAGAUAGUUCUUUCACAUUGGCAUGACCGCAUCACCAUUCCUUCUUAUAUUUUCGUAUGCAAAGAGUUGGUGAAGUUGAGACUCGGGCAUUUUGUUUUGAAUCCUCCACCUCGUGACUUCAAGGGCUUUGCUAAUCUUUGGAGUCUUGAGCUAGUCGAUAUCCAAUUCAAGUAUGAUAUGUUUGGGACUUUGAUUGCAAGUUGUCCUAGGCUAAAAGUGUUAAGGCUCGAGGAUUGCACUGGCUUAGAUCAUGUUAUUAUCGAUGUACCUAGUCUUGAAAGCUUAAUUAUCAAGGGCGUAUUGUGUUAUCUGAGUUUCAAAAAUAUUGUACGGCUUAAUAACAUCUCACUUUGUUUAGACAAUAAGAUUGAGAAUCCUGAAGGUAAGGUAGUAGCACUUGACUCCAUCACGGAUCUUGCAACUUCAUGUGAACUUCAAUACCUUCAGUUUGGGGGCCGUUUCUGUGAGUUCUUGGCUGCAGGUGGUGUUGAAAAAUCGUUUCCUCUGGUUUUUAACCACCUUCAUAAGCUUUGUUUGACAAAACUAAACUUUGGCCACACAGAUGUAUAUCGUUUUGUUUUUGGCAUGAUUCAGAGUUGUCCUCACGUUAAGGAUCUUGAAAUUUCAGUGGAAUCAACCAUAGAUGUCCCUAAGCACAAAAUUGACUGGAAUGACAACUACAAGUUGAGCCAUCUUACUAGAGUGAAGUUUACAGGCGUUACAGGAUCAAGUGCAGAGCUAAAAUUCAUUGAGUACGUGCUUGCUAUUUCGGUAGAACUAGAAAUUUUUCUCUUUAGGUGUGGACAUCUUGAUGCCACUUCUGAGCUAAAGGUGUCAAGAAAUCUGUUGCGGCUCCGGAGAGCAUCAACAAAGGCACAACUUGUUUGUUUAGAGUAAUACAAGUUCUAAGGAUAGUCUUUUGAGUUCUGGUUAUUGCUGAUUACUUGUUAACUUGGUAACUUUGGUAAUGUAGUUUUCCUUCAAUUUUCUUGACUGAUAAAAAACACAAAUAUCAGAAACAAAUUACAGCUCUGAAUACAAUAUUAUAUGACAACAUGAAUGUCAACUUACUUUGCA